UAUUAUUUAAGAAUGUUAUAAUUUAUAUUAGAAAUUCUACAAAGCUGCUAUUCAAAACAAUCAUGACAUAGUUUUUAGACUCCUUGCACCUCCAAAUGCCUAUUAUCACCAUGAAGUCACUGUCGUCCAAUCCUCCGAACACUCGGAGUCUCGACAAGCUCCUAGAAGAGGCGGAGUUCUCCGGAGGAGUUCGUUUGAUGCAUCGAAGGCUGAAAGACAUCGGUCAAUUAGUGAUGAAAUAUGAUUUAGCGAAUGUCACGAACGUAGAUUUAUCUCACAAUCGGCUGUCCGAGGUUCCAUUGGAUAUAUUUGAAUGGCAGUGUGUUGAUGCUCUAACAAUAACGAACAAUUCAAUAAAAACUAUUUCUGAGGAUAUUCGGGAAUUAAGACUUCUUGAAAAACUUGAUUUAAGUAAUAAUUGUUUGACUGUGCUUCCGACACAACUAUGCGAAAUAAGAGGUUUAACAAUAAUACGAUUGAGUUGCAAUAAGUUAAUUUCUCUACCGGAAGAAAUCGGAAGUUUGAAAAAAUGCCAAGAACUUGACGUCAGUUCUAAUGAGCUAACUUCGAUACCUUCUGAGAUAGCAAAAAUGGAGAAUUUACUAUGUUUGAAUAUACGUAAAAACAGUAUUUUUGCGCUACCGGAAGAAAUAUCUACAAUGAAAAUAACACACUUAGAUGCCGGUUGUAAUUUAAUAACAUCGAUUCCAAUGUCGUUUCGGAAUAUGGUAACACUGCAAAAAUUUGUGUUGGAUCAUAACCCUCUUACGUCACCUCCAAUCCCAGUUUUAAUGAAAGGCAGAGUUCAUAUGCUGCGGGAACUGGAAAUUCAAGCAGAAAAAGCGCAGAUUAAGAAAGAUGUGAUGGAUGAUCCUCUCAUGAGUCCGAUGAAACGUCCAUCGAUUCCUCGCGCUGACGUUAACUUGCUGGAAAUGAAAGCAAGGGUGAUGUCCAUCACUGAAGAAGACAAUGGAAGAGAAGAGAGGUCUGUCGAAAAAGCUGCAGAAUUGUCUAAAGAUCGCAGAAAAGCGAGUGUUACCAAUGCAACCAGUCCUGAGAAGAAGCGUCCAAGUCCGAAAAAACGUGUCGACAAACCAGGGCCGAGAAAACAAAAAUCUGCUGAAAAUAUUCCCGUAUCACCUCCCUCACAAGAUACAAAACCGAAUCAUACUUUACCGAAAAACGUUAUUGCAAAAGAAAGGAAACGUAGUGCGAGUAGCGGUAAUUUUGAGAGAAAGAGUUCAACUGAAGCGUUAUUAAUUCAUCAAAAAUUAUCUGGCUUUCCAGGAUACAAACCGAACAUUAUUAAUGAAAAAACAGAUAUGCCUUCUGCGAACGGUAAAACUCCUGCGACGCAACAAAAAUUACAAGAAUUCGUGAAAAAUCGACAAGCGUUGAGCCCAACAGACCGUAACAAUCAAGUAGCCAAUAACAAAACAGUGAAUUCAAAAAAAGGAUUUUUGCCGUCAUCGAUAAAACCCAGGACAGCAUUAAACAGGAUGAGAGGAAAUUCAUUCAAUACAGGAGCAGAAAAAGAUGUUUCAUUUACGAUGCGUCGGAAAACAGAAAAACUUUACGAAGAGCUCGAAAUGAUCGAAACUUUGCGACAAAAUAUUGAAGCUAGACUCAAAAUCAGCCUUGGCGAUGAUCUUCCAUCAUCUUUAUCCGACGGCGUCGUUUUAUGUCAUCUAACCAAUCAUGCACGACCAAGAUCAAUAACCAGCAUACAUGUUCCGUCUCCCGCCGUCCCGAAACUCACUUUGGCGAAAAGAAGAAGAAAUAUAGACAAUUUUCUAGACGCUUGCGCUAAAGUUGGCGUUCCAAAGAUCCACAUAUGUUCCGCGCAAGAUAUUCUUUUGGAAAAAAAUAUUGGAAAAGUUGGCACGACAGUAAAUGAACUUUUGAAACUAUGCCCACAUCCUGCCCCCUCCCCAAAAAGACAGGUGGAGACACCCAGUGUUAAAGUGACGCCCUCUACAUUGACCAAACAGCAUAGCCAGGUUUGACUUUUGUUAUUUUUUUUUCGGAUCAUGUACUCUUAUUUAUGUUUAUAGCCUUAAUUCAUUAUUACCAAGGAGGGGAAAUACCCUAUUUAUUUUAUUUAUAAUUGCAAAUUUAGAAAAAAGAGCAAAACUUUGUUCUUCAUAACACUUAGCUCACCAAACUUAGAAAAAUGUUCAUAUCACAACGUCUUUGAAAUUUAAUGUUUCUAGUAAAGUUGUGGUAACCUAAAGUGAGAAAUAGCAGCAUAAACACCUUUACAUUAGGGUGAGAUUAUUCUGACUAGUCACACCUCUAUGAUUUUACAAGGCCUUUUCUUACUCGGAAUUUACCAUUCGGCCUCGUCUAACCUGAAAAUUGAGAUAGAAAGAUAUAGCAGCACAAACAACUCUUCAGUAGGGUAAGAUUAUUCUGACUAGUCAUGCCUGAAUGAUUUUAUUAGGGAUUAUGCUAUCCGGAAUUGAACGUAAGCCAGAAGAGAACCAAACCCAAGUUAUCUUCUUUAAAUACAGCAAAUAUGUGAUCUUUCUGCGACUUUAACAUCAAGGCUUAUAAAUAUGGUAGAUUUAUCAAAAUAACUAGGCUUGCAGCAAAACAAUCUGAUUGACAUUGCGAGUUAGUAAUUUUGGGUUGGAGCCCCAUGUGUGACACCUUAUCCAGGUGGAAACUGUCAAAUGGUAAAUUCUGUUCCAUCUAAAUGAUAGUGGCUUCUCUCUUAGCAAUGUAUGGUUCAGAUCCUAAUCCGGAGUGAAAGAUGUAUAAAACGUUGUAUAAGAAAAAAUUGAAAUAAUUCGAUUGGUAUAAUUCAAAAAAUUCCUUUUUUGAACGACCGUAGACGAAGUACAGGGUGUCCAAAACUAAAUGAAAUUCAUUAAUUCUAUCACCAAUUUAUUUGGGGUUCAUUUAUUUUGGGACACCCUGUAUGACAUUUAUGCAAGGGCAGGUAAUAUUUUAUGUUGAUACCAGAAAUGGGAAAUUAAAAUUUAUAAUAUUAUGGUUAUUGUUGCCUAGCUCCAGCUUAAAAGCCAGCUUUGGUCAUCCCUUUCCCCCAGAGCUGUAUAUUUAGAUCUCUUAUUCCUUAUCAAAUAGAAUUUUUCAAAGUUUGAACAUUUGCCUUCUUGUCUCGACACUCAAAUUGAAUGUGGAAAUAAAAUAUGAGGUGUGAUUCUGAAAUAUCUUGGAUAGGGACUUCCUUAUUCUGGUGCUCCCGAAGUAUGCGAACCAAGAUGGCGGACAUCGGAACGUAACAUGGGUAACAGGUUAGGGUUAGGCGACAAUUUUUUUCCAAUUUUCCUCAUUUCAGUCCUAUU